AGGAAUUUUUAAAGCCAUACUGUGAAGCAUUUUAUCAUUGUAAAAGCUCUAUUUCUUCCAUUGCUAAUGUCUAAUGUUCUUCAGAUAUUUUAGAUAAUGUGGUUCAUAUGAUUGUUGAUGUAAAUAAAAAAUUUACUUUGAUAAGUGCUUUUAAAUAUAAUCUUGAAAUUAACAAGAUAAUUAAAUUAUAUUAAAGAAAUUACAGUAUAAAAUAUUUUCUUCAUCAAAUAAGGCUUGAAUUCAUCAUUCACCAUGGAAUAUUUCACACAUGAUAGAUUAUUACAAACGUCAAUAAGGAAAACUAUUGCUGUUUUAAUUCUAUUAACAAUAGUUUUUGUAUUUGGUUUUCUUCUUAGCUCAAGUUUUAAUGAAACAAAAGGUAAAAUACGCAUCCUAUUUUCCUCCAACAUAAAAUUAAACCAAAGAUCAUCGAAUAGUCAUCAACAAUCGAUAAAAUCAUCUUAUGGUUAUAAUACUACACAUCUUUGGUCAAUGCGUUUAGCUGAUGAAAAUUAUUUUCAUCUAGCACAACUUUUACCAUGUCGUAUUGUUGAAUAUUCUGGUGGACCAAAAAUCGACAAAAUUGAUUCAUGUGAUCAUUCAUCAAAAAAUGAAUUUUCAAUACAGAAUAUAUUACAAGCCCAACAUUGGCUUUAUGAACAUCAACAUCCAAUAGAUUGUACGAAUAAACGUUUUGCUAUUAUUCAAAAUUAUGCUUGGUCGGGUUUUGGAUCAACCGUUCAUCAAAUUGUAUGGGCAUUUGGUACGGCAAUAGCAGAUAAUAGAAUUGCUGUAUAUCAAGUUCCAGGAAAUUGGCUUUACGGCGCUUGUAGCUCAAGUACACCAGAUUGUUUUUUUCUCCCUAUAACUAAUUGUUCAAUUCCAUCUAAAGUCGAUGGUAAUCAAACAAUUAAAAUCAAUGCUAACAUAGGUCAUUGGCGCAAGCCUAUUCUUCCACCUAUAUUUCAAAAUCGAACAUUUAAUUGGU